AUGGUUGAUAACUCCAGUAUAGCAACCAAAUCUGCUUUGCAAGGCUCCUUCUCGUCCGCCAGCAGCCUUCCCCUCCAGGCUGCCUCCGCCUCCUCCCACAGCCCGUUCCCCGGCGCUCAGUCCCACCAGCCGGCCAGCGGCGGCAUGAAGCUGGAGGCGGUCAUGGAAAACCUGCAGCGGCAACAGGCGGCGCGGCUGGCCCUGGAGGAGAAGCUCCGCCAGGCGGAGAAGGAGAAGGACCUGCGCUCCAUGGUGGAGUCCCAGAUUCAUCAACAAGCUCUGGCUUUCCGCCACUACCAGGCGGCGAUGCGCGGCGCCCUGGCUGCCGGAGUAGGCAGCUCGUCCCCCGGGGUGACACUUCCACACUUGGACGUCCGCAGAUCCGUGGAGGACGGGAGCUGCAAACCGGGCAGCGACUUUACGGAGCGGGGCGAGGAGGGAGAUGACAUGGAAGAGCAGGAUAUCAUGGAUGAAGAGGAGGAGGAAGAAGGGGGUGAUGUCGGGUUAAACCACUUCCAGUACCGGCACUCUUCGCUCCAGGGAGCUUGUCUGUCUCCGAAGAGCGCCGCGGUGCAUCUCUUGGCCAAAGUCCCGGCGGCCUUCGCUCCGGCCCGCCGCGCAGAGUCUCCGGCGGCACAGCCCCAGUCCCAGACCCAGUCCCAGCACCAGUCCCAGUCCCAGUCCCAGCACCACGAGUGGACGUACGAGGAGCAGUUCAAACAGUUGUAUGAAUUGGAUGAUGAUGAAAAGCGUAAAGAGUUUCUUGAUGACCUUUUCAGUUUCAUGCAGAAACGGGGGACUCCAGUGAAUCGGAUUCCUAUCAUGGCCAAGCAGGUGUUGGAUCUCUACAUGCUCUACAAGCUCGUCACAGAAAAAGGCGGCUUAGUGGAAGUCAUCAAUAAAAAAAUAUGGCGUGAGAUCACCAAAGGCCUUAACCUCCCUACCUCUAUUACCAGUGCAGCUUUCACUCUCCGAACACAGUACAUGAAGUACCUCUACCCAUAUGAAUGUGAAAAGCGGGGACUGAGCUCCCCUGGAGAGCUUCAGGCAGCUAUCGACAGCAACCGGCGGGAAGGCCGUAGGCAGAGCUAUGGCUCCGCUAUCUUCAACUACUCUCCUGUGGGUACCCCCACCCUCCUGUCGUCACCAAAGAUACAGAUGUCCCACCUACCUAUGCUCACUCACACAAGUGGCCAUAUCUCUCAGGCGCCUAUAAUCAAAAAAGAGGAGCCCAUGAUGACCAGCUGCCUACCCAGCCGGCUGACCCUCCCCAUUUCACCCAGUGGUCAUCAUGCAGCAGCAGCAGCUCAGGCAGCAGCAGCUGUCCAGGCAGCAGCUCUGGAGCAGCUCAGAGAGAAACUGGAAAGUGGUGAACCACCAGAGAAGAAGAUGAUGAUGGUGACGGAAGAGCAGCAGAGGAUCAUGCAGCAUGCCCUUCAGCAAAACUUGCUGGCAAUGGCCACUCAGUUACCCCUCAACAUCAAACUCAACAACAGAGAUGAUAGACAAGAGACCGCAUUGAACCUGUCUACCAACGGCAUUAGCAGCAUCAACAUGUCAAUAGAAAUAAAUGGAGUUGUCUACACAGGCAUCCUGUUUGCUCGGCAGUCAGCCAUAGCAGGGAUGACGGGACACCGUGGGAAACACAGCAACUGUCAGACUCAGGGAAAGACAAGUCCUACACAGUUCCAGCCAUCCUCUUCCUCCUCCUCCUCCUCAUCGUCCUCCUCUUCUUCACUUCAUGGACAGAGAAGCUCCUCCCCCUGA